AUCCUCUUGUGGUAUCUUCUCGUAGGUUCCUGUCUUGAAGGAGUCCUCCGCCUCAACUUUGUAUUCAAGUAGCGCUUUGGGGUUUGGGUUGGUUUUCUUAGCUCUUAGUCCCUGCACUCUCUUCAAGGGUGUGUGGAGUUCAGAGGAUGGGUGGAGAGUGGGUUUGGCCGGAACUGAAUUGGUAGAGGUGAAAGGGGAACGGAGGAUCCUCAACCUUGGCCACUUGGGCCCAGCGAACCCACUUUAUUUUUAGCCGAGGAAAAGAGCUAAAAGAGCAUUGGCAGCAAGGGGAAGAUUCUUUUUAGGAAGUCGGCUUUGCUGGCUCCCCAAUUUGGGGCUGGAUGCUUGAGAGCUUUGUUUCCCUUGUUUCAAGGGUGGCCCCGCUGGGUCUGAAUCGACUCUGUCUGCUCUGGCCCUCCUCCUCAUUUUCCAGCCAGGAGAAAAAGAGGAGGUGGGGGGCCGAGAAAGAGAAGGCUAGAGCGAGUCGCCUGGCGCGCUGUCAGACAGGGGCGGGUGUGAGGGAAACAGCUGUCUUGCGAUCAGGAGUAUGAGCCUCUCAGAGGACCGCAUGAGCUCCGGACACUUCAGGAGUCCCCAGCUAGUGACAUGGGCGAUAUGGAUCAACUCAUAAACAACUUGGAGGUCCAACUUAAUUCUGAAGGUGGCUCAAUGCAUAUAUUCAAACAGGUCACUGGCCCUGUUCAAAUUAGAGACUCCCUUAAGACAGCAAACAGAGGUAAUAUGACAUCUUCACCACUCCUGGAUGCUAAUCCCAUGGAGAACCCAGCACUGUUAAAUGACAUCAAGAUUGAGCCCCCAGAAGAACUUCUGGCUAAUGAUUUCAACCUGCCCCAGGUGGAACCAGUUGACCUCUCCUUUCACAAGCCAAAGGCUCCUCUUCAGCCUGCCAGUAUGUUGCAAGCUCCAAUACGUCCUCCCAAGCCACAGUCUGCUUCCCAGACUCUUGUAGUGUCCACUUCAACAUCAGACACAGGCACUUCAGCAAACAUCCCUACAGUUCUGACUCCAGGCUCUAUCCUGGCCUCCUCUCAGGGCACUGGUGGCCAGCAGAUCUUACAUGUGAUUCACACCAUCCCCUCAGUCAAUCUGCCAAGUAAGAUGGGUAGCCUGAAGGCCAUCCCAGUGGUGGUGCAGUCACUGCCCAUGGUGUAUACUACUUUGCCUGCAGAUGGGAGCUCUGCAGCCAUUACAGUCCCACUCAUUGGAGGAGAUGGCAAAAAUGCUGGAUCAGUGAAAGUUGACCCCACCUCCAUGUCUCCACUGGAGAUCCCAAGUGACAGUGAGGAGAGUGCAAUUGAGAGUGGAUCCUCAGCCUUACCGGGUAUUCAGGUACAAGAACCAGCAGCAAUGACCCAAAUGCAGGGAGAAGAGUCCCUUGACUUGAAGAGAAGACGGAUUCACCAAUGUGAUUUUGCAGGAUGCAGCAAAGUGUACACCAAAAGCUCUCACCUGAAAGCCCACUGCAGAAUCCAUACAGGAGAGAAGCCUUAUAAAUGCACCUGGGAUGGCUGCUCCUGGAAAUUUGCUCGCUCAGAUGAGCUCACCCGCCAUUUCCGCAAGCACACAGGCAUCAAGCCUUUCCGGUGCACAGACUGCAAUCGUAGCUUUUCUCGCUCUGACCAUCUGUCUCUGCACCGCCGGCGCCAUGACACCAUGUGAGCUGCACAGACUGCACUAGAAGAGCUGCACUGGUCGGUUUCCUGUGUGUGUGUGUGUGUGUGUGUGUGUGUGUGUGUGUGUGUGUGCCAGACAAUGAGUUCAUGACCAUCUUUUCCUCUUUGACUCAGCUUGCCUCUGGAAUGGGAUUGGAAAACAACUCACUGAGCCAGGCUGACGAGAUUGGGGGAAAAGACAGAUGAUCUUCCAUGGGGACUCUUUAUAUUCCACCUUCAUUUCUCCACUGUCUAGUCUCCAAUUUUUUCAACCUCCGCAUGGGUUGAAUUCCAGUGCGGCACCCAUGGUUGCCCCUGCUGCCCCUGUUAUGAGAUAGGACAUUUUUCCUACAGUAAGAAAACAGGAAUCAAAUUCAAGGCUGUGAACAAACAUACGCUGCUUUUUGUUCUUAUUUUCCUCUUGUUUUAUAGAAUUCUUAUCCAUAUUUUUGAAUCAGUACAUCAAAGUGGUUAGUAGUGUCCUAAAAUGACUUCUUUCAAUUUCCUAGACAAAAGAGGGCAUAACAUUGUAGUUGGUUGGUAAGAUUUACAGGGAUUUGGGUCCUGAGUAUAGGGCACAUUCUCGGUGAAUAAGAUGAGUCUCAUACCAAACUCAAAGGUUUUGUAAAUCCAAUCCUAUUUGUUCUUAUAGUUUGGUUUUCAGACAGUGCUGGUGCUUCUUGCUUAUUUAGUCCAUCAAAGGGAAUGAAGGAUCUUCUUGUCCUUCUCCUCCUACUCUUCUUCGUCCUCCUCCUUCAGGAUUAAAGAUUUUGCUGCACAAUUACAUUCUUUGUUAGGUUAAAUUUGGACAAAAAAUUCAAAGCACACUGUGACAUGCCAGUAGGGUAAAAAGUGUUCCAAGAGAGUAAAGCUGGGCAGUGACAAGAACAAGUAGACCCAAGAUGAUCCUGAAAACAAAUAGAGGGGGACUUUUGUUUAGAGAGGGUAUCAAAAAUGCUGUAAUCACAAGCCUCAUUCACAUGGCAAUCUGUUGAGACAAUGUCUUGAAGGGCUACACUGUACUGUUUAUUCUUCUGUUUACAUAAAGCAACUGUUACGUGCAUAUUACAUGAUGAGAAAUGACACACUGGGGCCAUGUUAUACAGAGGUGAGGGGUUGGAAGAAAAACAUGUGUUAAUUUCAUGACAUUAUUAGCAUGCAUUCCUAUGUUUCAAAUGGAAUAUAAGAGGUUUUUAGUGAAAACUGACAAACAGAAAGCAAUUUGAUGUGCAACUACUGUGAACAUCUAAGCCAUUUCUUUUAGCCAUUAUAGCAUGUUGUAUAAUAUACACAUUUGGUUACCUAAUCAUACUGUUUGAUAAUAGUCUGUGGGACAUAAAACCCUCUGUUCCAGGCCCUGGACCUCAGAUCUACCUCCACAUGGCAUAUUUCCUCUCCUGGGGUGGGGGAGGGGGCUUUGCAUCACUUAAUUGUGAACACAGCCUCUCUCCUGGAAAAGGUCGUCUUCAUAUAGUACCCCUUUUCCUUGGCAGAUAUUCAACCAGUAUCUCUUGAAUACUUUAGGUUAUUACCUCCCAAGACCACCUAUUCUGACUAAAUCAUAGAAUUCUAGCACCAAGAAAGGAUCCUAUUAACUAUCUAGUCCUACCCUUCAUUAAUAUUUUACAGAUGAGACAAAUACGGGUCAGAUUCCUUCCCCAGAUGUUUCCUUGAGGCCUUACAAACCUGCACACCCAUUCUCCCAGGGAUCACAUUAUUAAACCAAAUUAAAGAAAAAUUUACAUGAUUGGUCUCAGUAUUUGUCCAAUUUUGUAUGUUAUACUUCAAAGUCAUUUACAGUUGACUAAACCAUAAGUAAAAUGUGCUUGUCAUUGAUA